UGUAUGUAUUAAAGCAACCGCCUUAGUAGAAAUCGCCAAAUUUUCAGAAUGUGCCAAAACUGGUAACCAUACGCGUAACUAUUCUUCCGGCUACCAUCCACAUAACAAUCCUUCAGUCAAGCAACGACUCCAUUUUGGUAUGCGUUCUUUUUUGCUGUAUUCAGAGUUCGAACGGUUUUUAUAAGCUAAUCGUGAUAUUGUUUGCCUUAAACUUAGUUUUCAAGUGUGAGUAUAUGGAAUUUGCGAGCAAUAGAAGGAACAGAGGUAAAAUUUCUGCAAGAAUAUUAUAGAAAGAUUUGAAAAAGAAUAUUCGUGUUACCUUGGAAAUUUAGAAGUGCAGGAUUACUCGUUGCAUAGUGGUGCACUUUAUUUGUUCCCAAAAGCCCAACUAUCGAAAAAAAAUAUAUGUGCUGAUAAAAUAUUUUAGACACGCAAGUUAAUAACGUAAUUAGCAAAAUGGAGGAAAAAAUAAAAAUUGGCUCUCGAGUGCUCGUUCUGGGAAAAGACUUGAAAGGUACAGUAGCAUUUAUUGGUUAUACAAAGUUUUCAGCUGGUAAAUGGUUUGGUGUGGUACUAGAUGAACCCAAAGGCAAAAAUAACGGCUGCAUUGACGGUAUAAAGUAUUUUUGUUGUCCAGAUCAGAGCGGACUUUUCGUUCGCGAAACACAGCUGCAGGUUAUUGAAAAUAAGACAGUUUUACCUACGGUCUCAGGGUUCUUAACUCCUCAGACCUAUAGAAAUGUAUCGUUUGAUGAAGGAUCUCAUCUGAAACGCCGAAUGACAUUCGGCUCAGCUAUUCCGAAGAUAAAAAUCCAACGAAUUCAUCAAAAAAGUACACCAAGAGCACGUCUCCUUUCUUCCUCUUCUACUAGAUUAAAUCAGUCCUCGUUUACUGAUUCCCCAUACCACCUCCUUAGAGUUCCUUCUGCUACACCUACAAAUAGUUCAUAUGACUUAAGAAACUUGCUUCGGGAUAAAGAUCAGCAAAUUGAUGAGCUUAAAAGGGAAAUAUGUUGCCUCAAUGAAAACCUUGAAUCUUUGAAAAAAUUACAAGCUAAAGAACAAACUAAAUUAAAUGAAGCAAUGAAACUAAAAUUAGAGGUUGACCAAUUAUUGGAGCAUAAAGUAAAAAUUAUGAAAGUGCAAGCAGAUCUCCAGAAGGAACUAACUGAAGCAAAAAAGGAAGCAAAAGAGGCCAUCAAAGCGAAGGAAAAGCAAGCUGAAGAAAUUUCAGAUUUAUUUGAAGCUACUGAGCUAGCAGUGUUGGACAAAGAAAUGACGGAAGAAAAAUUAGAAGAUAUUCAAUCGGAGCUAGAGCAAACGAAGGAAAAAUAUGAAAAGUUGUUCAUCAAAUACGAAGCCCUCAAGGAAGAAAUUUCAAAAAGCGAAGAAAUGGAAACUCCUUGUCAAUUCAAACAACUAGAACAAGAGAAUGAGAAACUGAAAGAAGCUGUUGUGCAGAUGAGGGAUCUGUCAACCCAAGAUAAGCAGGAGAAACUCAAACUUAUGAAGGAAGUUGAUCAGCUGAGAGAUGAUAUUAAGUGUUUAAGAGAGAAAAGUGAAAACCUAAGUCAAUUAAGCAGUGACAAUGAGAAGAAGUUUAUAGAAUUGCAGCAACAGGUGGAUAUCUUUUUUGGUGCUGAAAACAUUAUUGAACAGUUAACUGAAAAGAAUUUGGCGUUAGAAGAGAGGAUACAAAAGUUACAGCUUUCAGUUGAUGAGCUGGAAGAGUUAAAAGAGGUAAAUGAACUAAUAGAAGAGAAUUCGAGGGAACUACAAUAUGAACUUCAAGAAGAACUCAUAGUCACAAGAGUUAAACUUCAGGAGAAGCAGAAAAUAAUAGAGGAAUUGCAUGAUUUAAUAGCUGAUGACAAACUAACUAUUAAUAAAUUCCGUGAUCAAAUUGUCCAGCUUCAAAGCAAAAAUGCGAAGCUUCAAAAUUUGCUAAAUGAAAGAAAAGAGGAAUUCCCAAUAUCUAAAUUACAAGAAAACUUUAAAGUGAAAAACAUUGAACACAAAUAUUUUGUCCUUAGUUUAGAAUUGGACCUAAUGCGUGCUGAUUUGGAGAUAGCUAAUAAGCACAUUAAUUAUUUGUGCGCUUUUAUGCCACAGGAGUUUUUAAGUCGAGGUGGUGACUACGAUGCGAUCCUUGCGCUCCUGUUGAUACAUAGAAUGGUUACAAAGAUUGAAAUUUUAACUUUUAAAACACAAAGUAAGUUUCCUGCCCCGGAGGCAAUAACUAAAGAUGAUGUCCUCAAUUCUCAUGUCAUUGAUCAGUAUGGGUUCGUUUGCCGUUUGCUUUACCAAUUAUAUUUUCUACUAUUACUUUUAAAUCAGUAUGCUUCCAUCCUAAGCAACUGUGAUCUUGAUUUAUUUAUGAAACUUCGUUUAUUUUACAAUGAUAUGAAAGUCGGAGAGAAAUCUCUAGAUUUGUAUUUUGAUCUUUUGAAAAAAGAAAACUUGGCUGAAAACAUUAACCUCGACCCAUUAAUUAAAGCAAGGAAAUAUUUCCAGGAUAUCUAUAAUGCAAAUUUGGCUUCAGAAAUAGUAGAUUGUUGUAUGCUUAUGCAUGAUAACGUGAGGCUUGUAAUAGCAGCAUGUAAAUCCAUCUAUACCGAUGUUUCUGUUAUAACGACUUUCGUUGAUAGUUCAGAUGCUGAUUCUUGGUUAAGUGACAUUCGUCUUUAUGCAAAUGAAAUUUGUAAUUUUGCAAAAAAGAUACAGAGAUUAAUUCCUAAAGAUGGAAACACCUACAAUAUGGUGUUACCUUCUGAAGUCCAAGAGCGUCUGAAAGUCUUCCGGCAGGAUCUUGAGCAAACUAUGGAUUCAAUACAUGUACUUAGAAAAUUGGUUUUGCAAGAGAUAGACCCGUCAUCCCACUCGAGAAAUAUGAAAACAUUUUCCGUUGACUACAUUAAGGAAAAAUGUGGUGAAGAAUGCACUCUUGGGAGUAUGAUGAAAUUAAUGAAGUCCCUUGCAGUAUAUUUUAAGAGUUUAUAUUUUGAUAUAUUACACGGAAACUACAAAAUCGAAAAUUCUCAACCUAAUAAUAGGAAAUCUCCUAUAGAUCAGAGGGCACAAACGGUAACGAAAGAAGCAAGAGAUUUGAAAGCGUUAAAAUUCAAAUUAAAAGAUCGCGAAGAUGACAUAGCUCAGCUACAGAAAUCACUGUUGAUAAAGCAUGAAGAGUUGAAUACAAUGAGUUUACAUAAGAAGAUGGUCGAAAGAAAACUAGCAUUGGCUGUAAAAGAAAAAGUUGAAAGAAUAGAUGAAUUGCAGAAACAGUUAGAGAGUGAAAGAAUGAAGCUCGUUGAGAAAGAAAAUGAAUUCGCAGAUGUACUGAAUCACCUGCAGACUGAAAUAGAUUCUCUAGAAACCGAAAACGAUCUGCUAAAAGAUAAGCUGAACUCAAAGAUUGAUUUGACGAGCGACACAGCAUUUUCAAAAAAUCCUCUUCAAAUGUCGGAUAACUUAGAAAGCCAUGAUACUCUGCUUUCCCAUCAAGAGCAAAAUUUGCUUUCUCUAGUUAACAAUUUAAAAAGUGAAAACUUCAGAUUACAAAUCGCUCUAAUAAGGAAACAACUUGACAGUUUAGCACCCCUAAUUGUUCCAAGGAAGAAUGUAUUUCGAAGCUCAUCUGAAACUCGAAAGGUUAUGGACUGUGAUUGCUCAUCUGCGAGAAAUACUGCUGUGAUAACAAAGAAAUACAAGGAUUUAUCACAAAAAGUAUUGGGUCUUUGCUGUCCACUUGUUGUAGAUAUCAGUCACCAAAAACGUAAUAAAGGUAGUACUGAAUAUUCUCCUACAAAUUAUCUACUUAAGUUAGCACAGCAGAAGGAAAUCAUUGAAAAAGGUAUAGUGGAAUUAAAAUCAUUAAUUAAUUCAACACGUAAGGGGAAAUAUGAAACGAAAACUGAUUUUUCAAUGUUACCAACACUCAAUUUGCCGCUUGACUAUAAUGCAGAAAAGAAAUUAGCAGCUAAAAUCGAAAUACCUCAAUCCAGCUCUAAAAGUGCAAAUAAAGUUUCUCUUGUUCUAGAUCAAAGUAAACUAAGACACCUUCAUUCCGUUAUGCUGUGAUAAUUGCUUGUCCUGACGAAAAUUAUUUCUACUUCCAGUUAUUAUUCUUCUUGAAUUUAAAUAUAUUUAUAUUCUAAGUGCAAAAAAAAAAAAAAAAAAAAAAGAGCUUACCUUUAA